UCCAUGAGAGAGCUCCUCUGUGUGGGAAACAACUGCAGCGGCUCCUGUCCGAGGCCGCGUCCCGGGAGCUGCCCAGGAGCCUGCGCGCGCCCCUCACCUGCCGGGACCCGCCGCGGCCGCCGCUCGCACGCGCAGAAACAGCCGGGACGCGCCGGGGGCGGGGGCACCUCCCGCGCUGUCGGACUUCCUAGGCCCCCACCCGCCAGCCCCGCCUCCAGGGGGCGGAGGCGGCCGUGCGUCACCUUGGAGCCACCUCCCACGAAAGCGCGGCCGCAGCCGCGGCCGCCGGUGGCUCCGCCAGCGGCUGCCCCUGGGCCCCGGCGGGGAGAAGAGGGAGAGAUCGCUCAUAACGCACUGGUCCGGCUUGGCUCGCCAGAAAAGGAAGAUGCGCCCCAGCAGUCUGUGUUCAAAAUGUGUCUUCUACAGAUCCCACGUGCUCCUUUGCCGCCACAGGUGAUGUCUCCUGUCAUGUAUCAGAAGCGCCACGUGGAGGUAUGUUAGCAAUGUCGCAGUGCCUGUCUGAAUGAGCAAGAGUAAUUUAAAUAGGACAAGUUCAACGGCUAUAGUCACCUAGGAUCUCUGCCCAUGGAGUUAAAGGAGAUUUUCCUGUCUGUAAGUGCAGAGAAUCAAUCUAGUCCAGCUCCGAUCAGAGGACUCAGAGUUCAUCUUGGGAGGACGAACCCUUUGGGUGCCCGAGAGAAAAGUUUGUGAGCUCUGCUAACAGUGACAUAAAAGCUUGACACCUAGCAU